AUGUUUACGUCACUGUCACUGUGAACUCUGACCCCGCAGCUCUUCUCUUGUGAGUGCGUGAGUGCGUGAGUGUGACAGGAUGAAUAAGCGGAAGCUGCUGCUCGUGUCGAACUCGACCCUGCACGGGAGCGGGUACCUGGACCACUGUCAGAACCACAUCUGCUCCUUCUUCACACGUGACGUGAAGAGAGUUCUGUUUGUGCCGUACGCGCUUCACGACAGAGACGCCUACGCCAAAACUGCGCGGGAAAAGUUCCGAACGCUGGGUUAUGAGUUGGAUAGCAUCCAUGAGGCGUCAGACCCUGUCACUGCGGUCAGGAACGCUGAGGCCAUUUUUAUAGGAGGAGGGAACACUUUCCGGCUGCUCAAGUGUCUCUAUGACAACGACCUGGUGACGGAGAUCAGGAGGAGAGUUCUGGAGGACGGCGUCCCCUACAUGGGCUCCAGUGCCGGCACUAACGUGGCCACCAUCAGCAUCAACACCACCAACGACAUGCCCAUCGUCUUCCCUCCGUCCUUCUCUGCCAUCGGCCUCGUCCCCUUCAACAUCAACCCUCACUAUCUGGACCACGACCCCAGCAGCCGGCACAUGGGGGAAACCAGAGAGCAGAGGAUCACACAGUUCCAUGAAGAAGCAGAGACUCCCCGUGUUCUGGGUCUGAGAGAAGGAUCUUUGUUGUUGGUUGAAGGAAACAACGUCAAACUUCUGGGAACCACCAAAGCCAGACUCUUCACCAGGAAUCAGCCGUCAGUGGAGUAUGAACCAGGAAGUGACAUCAGCUUCCUGCUCACACACACACACAGUGACUCAUCAUUAACUCAGCAGUGACUCGGUGUUAACUGAUUAACUCAUCAUUAACUCAUCAUUAACUGAUUCACUGAUCAUUAACUAAUCAUUAACUGAGCAGUGACUGGUUAACUGAUCAUUAACUCAGCAGUGACUCAGCAUUAUCUGAUCAUUAACUAAAUAACUCAGCAGGUUUGAUGGUGUAAAUGUGAACGUAUGAAUCUGAAUAAAAGUUUUCAUGAUUUUCUAAAAUGA